UUUUUUCAAAAAAUUUAUUAAUAUUAAAUUAUAUUGAAGGAAAAAUUACAUGAAAAUCAAAAGCAACGAGAAAAUUACCUCCAUGGAAUUCGCAUGAAUCUAGAAGCUGAGAUUCAAAAGCUUAAAGGUAUUUGCAAUGAAUACAAAGAGAAAACCAUAGAUUUGUUUGGAAAAAUUAAUGAGGUGUAAAUCAUAUAUAUUUCCCAUUUAUAAUUUUUAAAAGAUUUCAAAUAUGCUGAAAUCGGCUCAGAAUAAAUUUAACCAAAUGAAUUUGUAUUAUCAAGAUGACAGAAAAUCAUGGCAGAAUAAUUCUGAUACUAUGAUGUCGGAAAUAAAAAUUUCGUAUGAAAAAAUUUUGGAAUUUGAGCAGCAGAUAUGUUUUAUUCGAGUGCAAAAUCAAAAUAUAACUCAGAAUCUAAAGGCAAAAAAUGAAGAAGUUCAAGAGCUCCAAGAACUACUAAAAGAUAAAGAAAGAGAAAUUGAGGGGCUGUUAAUAAUUAAAAAUAAUUGGUUAGAACUUAAUAAAGAUGCGUCUAAUUAUUCUACAACUUUUAAAAAAUAUCUAAAUUACAAAAGUUUUAUAAGAAACAGUAUACGUAGAUCCUUUAGCUUACCAAAUAUCCAUGAUUAUGCAAAUCAUCAGAUUAUAAAAAUCAAUAGAAGUCUAUCUCUUUCGGGGUGCACUAAUUAUUUAGAGAAAAAAAUAAAGAUGACAAAUCAUCUAGCAUAUGCGCUAAAGCAAUACAAGACUGUGAACAAAAAUAUGCAAAAUAAAAUUAUAAAUUUGGAACAUUUGCUUACUAUGGCUGAAAAUUACCAAAAUGAUAUCAAUUCUACUCAUUUAACUCAAGAUAUUGAAAAUAUAAAAUCUGAUUGUGAAAAAGAAAAAAUAUCCAACAAUUAUCUUACACACUUAUUAGAUACUGAACGAAAUAGAUGGAAAAUUGAAAAACAAAGCUAUAACAUUACCAUUAAGCAAUUGGAAGAAAAAGUUGAUAGCCUCAAGGUAGAAUUUAUUGAUUCAAAUAGGCGAAACAGUGCAGCCGAAAAAAUAAAAUUGAUUGAAAAAAGAUCUAACAUUGAAUUAUCUUGGAAUGUAGAACGCAAAGAAUUUAAAAAGCAAUUAGAUUUGGCAAAUGAAAAUAUAAAAAACUUGCAUCAUGAAAUAUAUAAUAUGCAACAAGGAUAUGAUAAGCAACGAUAUCGGCUUUUUGAACAGAUAGAUGAAGAAAAGGGAAUGCGACACAAAGAACGAGAAGAAUUAAUUAGAAAUCUAUAUCAACAUCAAGAACAAUUAUCCCAAGUUCAAUCAAUGUCUGAAGUAUCUAUGUAUUUGCUUAAAAGCGAAAUUGACAAAUUAAAAGAAAAAAACGAAUCUCUGCAAAAAAUUGUGCAGGAGACACGAAGAAGACGAAAAAAAGCUAAAUCAAAACUUGAAUUAUUUUUAAAAGAUAUCCAAAUUUUCCGUCAUUCGCGAUCUGAAACAAACCUAAAAGAAGAAACAAAUGAAAAAUCAAUAAAAAAUGAUGUUUUAAUUCGACACCCAAUUUGGGAUAAAAAUAAUAAUGAUAUGGAAUUAACUCUUAGUCAAAUAUCUGAAAUGACAAAACAAAUUUUGUUAUACAAUAAGUUACUAUCAAAACAAAAAGAAAAUUCAAAGAAAGAUUUUUUAUCUGCAUCCUAUGAACAGUCUCCUACAUCAUUAACAGAUAUAAGUAUAACAUCUCACUCUUUAUCGCUUAGGGAUGCCAGAGUUUUAUCCCUUUCAAGAUUAGGAAACAAAUUUUCACAAUCACCAACAAAUACUAUAAGCUCUUCCUGUAAUGAUAGCUUCGAUAAAACUAGUUUGCCCCCAGAUUUUUUGUCGAGACUUAAAAUAAAGUCUAAAUCAUUUUUUAAAUCAGACUUAAAUAUAACCUCAAAGAAACCUGUAUUGUUUAAUUCUUCUUUAAUCUCGCCAAAUCAGAAUUUAAAUCCAAAAAUAGAUGAAAGUCCCAAUCUCACAUUACCCAAAGAUAUAAAGUUUGCAAAUCAAUCGAUUACAAAUGCUAAAAUAAGUUUAACAAAUAAACAACCUCUAAUAAAGGAUAAAAUCAAAAUGUUUUCAAAUUCUAAUAUGUAUUUAAAUCAAAGAAAAAACGCCCCUGCUCCAGUAUGUUUCUCAAAUAACUCUUCAUUUUCAUUUAAUAAAUCUAAAACACCUGUCCAAUCUCUAAAUUUAGCUGCGAAAGCUUCUGCUUUAAAAAAUUCAAGCAAAUCUCUAAAUUUAUUCAAAAAAUUUGAGGGGCCCAAUUACAAUCUUACAAAAUCCUUCAGACCCAAGAUUCAAACAAACUCAUACAAUAAAAUGUCAUUAAGUAAACCCAUAGCGAUUGUCGAAGGCCAGAAACACGAAUUACCUAUUUACAAAAAAUAAUUUCCUUUUUAUAUUUUUGAUUUUUAAGAUCAAUUAUAAAAUUGGUUGGCUUAUUUACAUACAAAUUAUAUUAUAUAAUAAAUAAUACUAUAUAUUUAUUAUUAUGUAUACUUCAAUUUAUCAUUAAUAUUUGAUUAUUUAUUUAUA